AAUGGAUAUGAAAAUCACUUAUUUUGUAUUGCAAAUUUAGAAUUAUUAGACUUUGAAUUACAAUAUGAUUUAGUUAAUCAAAUUAGAUCAAUGCGAGAUCAAAAAGAUUUUCUUCUAGCGCUUAUUUGUUACAGAGAAAAUGGAAUUCAUCAUCACAUUUUAGAUCAAUUUUCUUCAGAUGUCGUUGAAACCAACGGAUUAAAUAAUGUAGCUAUGAGAGGAAUUUAUAAGGAAUUGUGUAAAAAUGUUAUAUGUAUUUCUUCCGACUUAUCGGGACAAGGCAAAACUGAAUGGAUUAAAGAGGAUAGUUUCAAUAAAAAGAGAUUCCCACGUAGCUUUUUAAUAAGUGAUGAUAUGGAAUUUGGCAGACUUGUACGCCAAUUUAAAGAAUGUAAACUCCGACCUGCAGAAAGUUUACAUAUCAAUAUAGUAUCAUCUAACUUUCCUGGAGACGUCAAUAUGUUUUUAUUUGAAUUAUUAACUUUGGGUAUAGUCUCUACUAAUGUUAAUAUAGCUUGCCUACCGCUUUCAGAAACACCUACGUAUAUAUUUAUCGAAAUAGCUUCAACUACUGAACAAUAUUUACUUAAUUCUCUUCCUAUGGCAGGAUAUUUAUUGUCCAAGCAUUUAACUUGGGAUAUUAAAAGUUUGAAAAUCUCUCAAGAUAUUACUAGUCCAAUUCAGGUUACUUGUAAUUAUUUGAAUUUAUUAGAUCUUAAUGAGAUAGAUACAAAAGAGAUCCUUUUUCGGACGGAUGAUGCAAUUAAAGAACCGUUACCAGUGGAACGUUGUCAAAACCUUAUUGAGAAAUAUUUCUUUAACGAAAACAACAAAGACAUUUCCUCAUUUAGAUUUGUUGAAAUAUUUGUUAAUGUUCUAGCAGAUCAAUUAGUUCGAUUUUCAUCAAGUUUAUUCUUUACAGUAGAUAAUCUGAGAUUAAUGGUAAAAGAAACUACUAAUAUUAGAAAACUUAUAUUAAAAACAUUAAUGGAUGGUUCAAAAGAUUUUGCAACUAGAUCUAUAAAAACAAGAGAGGCACAAUUGGAAUCUACAAAUACUGAAGAUGAAAACGCUCGUCUUGGUACAAUUGUUCAAUGGGACGACUCAAAUCAUCUUAUAGUAUUUUUCAAUUCUCAAACUCCCGAUACAAUAUCUGCCUUAUAUCGUGACAGAACUAAAGUUCACGAAAAUGUUAAGACUUUAUUAAAAAGUCAAGUAAUUGGAGAUAGAACAAAGUGGGAAUUAGAUGAUUACAAUUCGAUGUCUACGGAUGCUCUUCUUGUGAAGUUAGAAUAUUUAGCGCGAAGGUCGACGGAAAAAUUAAAUAUUUCUGAAUACGCUUUAUCUGGUGAUAACCUAAUAAAGAUGGCCUUAAUUCUUUUAAGAGCACGUGCGAAUAUUCCAGUUAUAGUUUGUGGUGAAGCAGGUUGUGGAAAGACAAGUUUGAUUGCCUACUUGGCUUUGAUGGUUGAAGUUCAAUUCCAGUCUCUUAACCUUCAUGCCGGAAUUGAUGAAAAAACUAUUAUGAUGUUUAUGGAUGAUUCUUUGGAAAAAGCAGAAAAAGGCGAGAUUUGGCUAUUCUUUGAUGAGAUCAAUACUUGCAAUUAUAUAGGUCUACUCUCUGAUUUAAUAUCUCAUCGAAUGCUUAAUGGAAAAUUAAUACACCCAAAUAUUCGUUUAUUCUCCGCCUGCAAUCCAUAUCGCCUUCGUACAAAAACCCAAAGUGAGGCUGGUUUAACAAAUAGGGUUAAAAAAUUUGAAGAACGAAGUAAUCUUGUUUAUCAAGUCAAACCACUUCCUGAUCAAAUUUUAGAUUAUGUUUGGGACUAUGGUAUUCUAAAACCAAAAGAUGAAUAUAGAUAUAUUCAAAUUAUGGUAGAAAAAGAACUGAAAAAUUUAGCACAUCCCGUAUUUGCGGAACUUUUAUUUGCUUCACAAAAUUUUAUUCGAAAAGUUGAAGAACCAUAUAGUGUGAGUCUACGUGAUGUCAAGCGAGCUAUAAAAUUGGUGAUAUUCUUUUAUAAAUCUCUUCAUAAUCGUCCUGCUUACAGAUAUGGACAUGUAUAUCCACCGCCUGGAAAUCCAACCAUAUUGAUUAGAUCUUAUGUUCUAGCACUUAGCCUUUGUUAUCAUUCUCGGUUAUAUGAACAAGAUUUACGUAGACAAUAUCGUUAUGAAAUGGGACAAAUAUUACACAAUCACAACGCAUUUGUAGGAGAAAAUAUGUUUUCUAAAAUUAUUCGUGAAGAACAAGAAGAUUAUAUUAAGAGGAUGCGAUGUCCACCUAAUACAGCAUAUAACGAAGCUUUAUUAGAAAAUGUUUUAGUUAUGAUCGUAUGCAUCUUGACAAAAAUCCCUCUGUUCCUUAUUGGAGCACCAGGCUCUUCAAAAUCUUUAGCAAUUCGUCUUAUAAGCUCAAAUUUACGUGGAGCCGAUUCAUAUGAUAAAUAUUUUAGAAAUUUACCACAGAUUUAUUUAAUUCCACAUCAAGGUUCUUCAUCUUCAACUUCUGAUGGUAUUAUCAAAGUUUUUGAUAAGGCGAAUAGGUUUCAGGAAACAACUUCCACUCAAUUUCCUGUUAUAAGUGUUGUUUUACUUGAUGAAGUUGGUUUAGCUGAAACAAGUCCUUACAAUCCGUUAAAAGUACUUCACUCCUUGCUUGAACCAAGUUAUCCAGCUACAGGGCCAACUGUUUCAGUGAUAGGAAUAUCUAAUUGGCGCUUAGAUAACAGUAAAAGUAGUCGUGCACUACUUGUUCAGAGACCACAAUUUGAUUUGGAUGAUUUAGUUGAUACAGCUGAACGUUUAUUAAAUAAAAGAGUUCGACUUUCAUUAUGUGAAAUGACUCCAGAGAAUAUUCAAAUGGCAUUAUCCCGUAAUUUUGGAGGAACAGAGAAUCAUGUCAAAUUAUGCGAACUUUAUUUUGGAUAUGUUUUGAAAAUGUUUAAUAAUCAUAAACCAUGGUUAUAUAAACAAAUUCCAAUUGAACAAUUAAUUACUUCAAAUUUAGAUGAUUCUGAUGCACGUCACUUAAUGGUUAUCGGUAAAAGUGAUUCAAUUGUGAAUUUGUUGACUUAUCAGUUAAGAAUGAGAGACUUGGAUCCUGUUGUUAUUUUAGGAUCUCAAUUUCCCGAUGAUCGGGAUGAUUAUUAUUAUAGUGUUUUGAGGAGAAUCAUGAUGUGCGUUGAAACAGGUAGACCAUUGAUUCUAACAGACUUGGAAAUAAUUUAUGGGAGUCUUUAUGAUUUAUGGAAUCAAAAUUACAUCGUUGUGGGAAGUAAAGAUAAUGUCAAAUACUUUACAAGAGUUGCACUUGGAGCAUAUGCUAAUCCUAUGCUUUACGUUUCGCCGAAUUUUAAAUGUAUUCUUGUCAUGGAUGAGAAGAACAUGGCUUCAGCUGAUCCUCCACUUCUUAAUCGGUUUGAAAAGCAAAAAAUGUCAAUUAAUGACACUCUUAAUAAUAAACAAAAAUUACUUGUUGAAAAUUUAGGUGAUUGGGUAAGAAAAAUGUCGACUCUGAUUGGAGUUAAUCCAAUAACUCAAUUACGUAAUAAAUUCACCCAGAAGAAUCUAUUCAUUGGAUUUGAUAAAGAUGAAACCUUACAAAGUUUAAUUAUUGACAUCACAAAGAAUAAUCCAGAAGCAGAUAAUGAUGAAAUUUUAGAAAAAUGCAAGGAAUGUUUAAUUGCAACAGCAUCUUCUGACGGAGUUGUAAGAGCCGAACAAUCAGCUUUAGAAAGAGAUGAAGUUGAUCGAUGGAAACAGAUUUAUUUCCACAAACAGCAUCACAAUAGUCUUUAUGAUUAUUUUGCUAAUCAAGAAGAUGCGUUAUCAGAUCCUAAUGGACAUUUAGUGAUUAUAAAUACAUUUUCUAAUAUCAAUACGGAUGUUAAGUCUUGUUUACAAGAACUUGCAAGUUGUCAAGUAGAUAAAUUGUCGAUUUUCAAAACUGAAGCUCAACUUUCAAAUCGGGUAAAACAAUUCUGGUCAGAAUCAACCGAUCAAAUGUUAAUUAUACAAUGUGAAUUAACUACCGUUAAUACUGGAUGUAUUAAACUAGCCAAAUUCAUUAUUGAACAAUUUCGAAAUGAAUAUAUAUCAAAGAGAGAUCAAAUGGAGCGGGAUAUGCCUACGAAGCAUGCAUGUAUCAUUCUUCAUAUUCAUCGAGAUCAGGAAUCCACUUUUACAUCUUUUAAUUUCAUGUGCGGUUGGAAACAAAUGACUAUUGAAACAUUAUCAGGAAGUGACGUUCCUACAUCAGGUCUCCUAGAUGGAUCUUUAACUCGUAUUGUUAAUUCUACUUAUCCAUUCGAGAAAAUUUUACAACAAGAACUCUUAUGGUGUUUAUCAUGUAUGAAAUAUCCAUCGAACGACAAGUCAAUCAAUCAUAUAAAGAUAUUGAACGAAAAAAUUCUAAAGUAUCCAAGUUUUAUUAAAUGUUUGAAAAAAAGAACUUUUGAAUGGAUUGAGGAAAAAUCUACAAGUAACUGGCAAUAUAAAAUCGCAUCAAAUAAACAAGAUUUGUACCCAUAUCCUUCAUUUUCUGCAGCACUACAGGCUCACGUUAGAAUACUGCUUAGGAAACCGAUAACUCAAAUUUUAUGUGCCUUAGAAAGAUUAUCGGCAAUAAAAACAUUUUUCUAUGUUUCGGAUCAAACGAAGUCAAAAAAAGGGAACUAUGAAAAGUUACUUAAAUUUUGGAAACAAAUUUAUAUGGAUAACAAAAUUAUCAAAAUUGAUGAUAUACCAAAUCCAAAACCUGAUGGAUAUAAUAUGCCGGCAGGAAGUUUGCUCGAUCUUGAAUUUCCUUUUUCAUUUUAUUAUAUGAAACAAAUUGAUAGUUUUAAAAGACAUUAUGAAGAAGAAAUAACAAUAUUACAAAAGGAUAAUGGCAAAAUUGAUGCCAAAACCAAUGAACUUUGCGAUUAUGUGAUUGAGGAUCAUUUAAAAGAUUUCAAAAAUAAGCUUUUUAUGUCAAUUCCGCAAUUAAAAAAUUCACCUCUUGAAUGGGAAUGGGCUUCCGAAUUAUAUUUUAAUGAUUUUGUAACCGUUAUUGUGUCAAAAGAUGGUGAGACAAAGAAUAAAAAAAUGUUAACAAUAAUUUUAAGAUUACUCAUCGGUACCGAUAAAGUGCGUCAACCAAUUUUCCUUCACUCAUAUUGGUGGAGGAAUGCUAACGAAGUUUUAGCUCUAUUACAAUUAGCUCAAAUGUCUCCCAUAAUAAUUAAAAAUAUUGAAAUUCAAGGAAAUGCUAUUAUUAGAGGAAGUUUGGAAAAAUAUCUAGUUAAAGAAGUGACAAAACUAAUGUUACAGCGAAUUUGUGGAAAUUUUGAAGUCGCAGAAAAUGCUCAUUUGAUCGAUAAAUGGCAGCAUGAUGUAACAAAAGUAUUAUCUCUUGUUAAUAAGAUAACACGAGCAAAGAAUUUACCGGAUCUUCAGUUGUUACGUAUUAUAAACGAUCUAGUUGCAACGAAGACAAUUCCUUUAGAAAGUAUUAGAGAAAUUGUUCAACUUGGAUUAAGUUCAGACGAGCAAGAAGUUCUUUCCGAGGAAUUUAUCAACACUGUAAUUGAUAAGCUAGAUAAACUAGAACAAAAUGAGAAAAAUAUAAUUCCAAAAAGAUCAUUUAUCAUGAGAUGCCUUGCAUUGAUUCCUAUCGAAUCAGAUGUACUUCUAAGUUUUUAUAAGAAGUUAUUCUCGAAUGAACCUUUUCCAUUAAUGGGUGCAAUCAUUGAGAGGGUAUUUAUUAAAGAAGACUUAGAAAAUCAGGAUAUAUUCUUUACAACACUUACAGAUUUCGAUGAAGCUAUGAGGCAAUCUACCCGGUUAAAUAUUAUUAAUGAAUGUUUAGGAGAUUUAAAUACAAACAUGACUACUUUAUGUUGUGAUACCAUUGAACAAAGCUUUUUUAUGAAUGAGAAAUUGGAAAAUUUAGCGGCUUAUUGUGGAUCGGCUCUUGAAGCUUUAUAUAAACAAGGAAGGCCAUCAUUACAAAAAAUAGUCUCUAUUGCGUUGCUUAAAGAAUUCGUUCGUCGAUUCUGGGAUAGUUUUCUUCCGAAAAAUAAAAAUAACCCCAUUGUAUAUGAUAAGGCAGAGGAAAACAAUUUUGAUAAUGAAAUAAUUAAUCAAAUCAACAAUAUUUUGACUUUUUCUCAUCCUUUGAUUCAUUCUCUCAAAAUUUACUUUUUAAGAGAUUUAUUUCGGAGAGGUUUUUCAAUUGAUGACAUUAGACGAUUUUGCGAAGCUCAAAAAAAUGUUUUGCCGUGGCUUAGAACUUUCAAUUGGGAAGAUACUAAAGAAAAUCGUUUAUCUGAUAAUCCAUAUUGUAAUUUACCCGAAUAUAAUGAAGCAGAAAACAGCUUUAUGGCCCUCUAUAGUAUAGGAAAUAAGGCACCUUUCCAAACAUAUAUCCAACAAAUGAAGCAGAAUAUGACUUUGACAACAAAAUUAUCUUUAAUGGGGCUCCUCUUUGUACGUCUUCAUGCAUUAAGAGCUUCAAGAGAAUGGCGACAUUCAGAAGUGCAAUCGGCUGAUUUCUUGACCAAAGAGAUUACUGGAAUGAACUUAUCGAAUUCAUUUAAAACAAUUGCAACAAAUAUCCUAUCGAAUAAACAACCUUUACUCCAAAUUAUCAAUCCGGAAAUUAAUAAUACCGAUUUGAUAUUAAAAUCCGUUAUUGCACAUAUUAUCGCAUUUCAUGCAUCGAUUGAGCCGAAUUCAUCUCAACUUGCAAUGUAUUUACACAAUUUACAAGAUUGUCAGAAUAAGUUUAUUUUAACGUGCAUGUCAGAUAUGGAAUCAGUAUUGUUAAAUGCUAUUAAUGAAAAGGUUACAAGAUAUGUCUGUAAAUGCGGUUUUAAAUACUUUGUCGCAAAUUGUGGCAAUGUGGUCCAUGCUAGUAAAUGUCCAAACUGUGGAAAUACAAUUGGAGGAAAUGCCUAUAAUCAACCAGCAGCGGGUAAUACUAGGCUUGAUGUUGCACCAGGUGGUCAAGCAUCAAAUGAUCAAGUAGGAUAUAUUGGCGAACUAGUUAAUCAAGAUUUAGGUCAUUCCGUCAGAUCUUUUCCACCUACAACAUACCGUAUGCUACACUUGAUUAUUCACGCCCUUAUUGGAGCGUCUUCACCUCAACCUGCCCUUGUCUUCCUUCAAAAAAAUAAUAAUAUCGCUACAGAUUCUGAAAAAUAUUGUAUGGACCAUAUUCGAAAUGAUUGGGAAGUUCUCAAGAAACUUCUUAACUGUUCAGAUGUGAAUUUGGCGUUAAUAUUCCAUUCAUUGAUUUCUUUGAUGAUGGAAAAUCCUCCCUUACCGAAUCAACAGACAAAUACAUCUGCUGAACGCAUGAAUUGGGAAACCGUAUUCCAUAAUAAUUAUGUUACACCACAAACUAAAAAUGUUAACGAAACAGCGGCUAAUUAUCGUAUGAAAUUAAACGAAGCUCUAACCAAAAAUAAAAAAAUUAACUUAAUUGAAUGUGAAAUCAAUCAGACUUUAGUUAUGGAUGAACAAUAUCGAAGUGAGAAGUUACCAAAUUUAUGGAGAACGAUUGGAAUAAUUAACUUUGAUAGUUUUCGCGCUUAUUAUAUGAGCGAUUUGACAAGGAACAACGAUUAUCCAUUUCUCAAUAUAUUUUUCAAACAUUCUAAACAAAUAGAAUUACUAAAACAUCUUUUACCUAUUGUAAAAUUCGUUCAAAUUUUGAAUGCCAAACUUGGAUAUCAAUUAACAAGACAAACGGCAAAAGAUAUGAAUUUCAGACAAUUUAUAGAAAAAGAAUCCAAUGGUGGUGAAAACGAUGAAAUUUUCAAUAGUUUAAAUACCGCUUUUAAUGACUUUAAACUUGGUUGGAACACAGUAAUGCCUUUUGUUAAACGAUAUCAAUGUCAUGAACUUCCCAAUGAUAAACCAACAAUGGGUUAUAAUCUUCCAGUUAUUUUUGGCUUAUUGGAACAGAAAGAUGCAGGAAUUUUCCUAUGUGCAAUUUUAUAUCACUUAAUCGAAAUACAAAAUAGAUUCUUACAAGAAGUUAUAGAAAUUCCACCUGGAACUUGUAAAUCUCUCAAGUUUUUAGAUGAAUUAACAUUUGAUGUCGGACUACCAAUUUCAAAAACAAAACCAGUUACACCCAAUGGGUAUUGCCUUCAAUCUAUGUAUCUUGAUCAUGCUCGUUCAGGAAAUAUCAUUAAUUUUGAUUGGGAUGAUGAAAUUCUUGCAUAUAGUCAAAGAAAUUUAGCAAUUGCAAGAGGAGAAGAUAUUGUAUAUGAUUUGACAAAAAUUGAAGCGGAAUUGGCAAAUAUUCUAGUUUUCGAAAAAGUUUAUAUAGAAACUCUACCAGAUUCCCAAUUAUAUCUUGAACCUUUUCCGUAUCACAUGGAGCUAUUUCAAGGAUGUAUGAGAAUUCUUAGUGAUAUUAAGAAUUUAAUAGCUCAAGAGCCAAUUCCAAUUGAAAAAAUGAAUUUAUUAGGGGUCUCUAGUUUACAUUAUGCUUCAAAAUUAAAUUUAGAUAAUGCGUCAGAACUUUUGUCAUCAUUGGAAAUUCUUUUAUGCUUUGUCAAACGUACUGCGGCCGGGGAUGGAGAAAAAUCCAUUAAGGAAUUUGUUUUACAAUGGAUGAAAUUAUCAUCUUUGUAUGAACAUAGAGGAUUUUCUAAAAUUUUGGAUACUGAUUUGCAACUUAAACAUUUGGUUUCUUUGUACGAGCUCGUUGAAGAACAAGUUGCCGAUAUUAAAAUUAAAUAUAUUCAUGAAAAAUAUAAGGAAAAACUUUCAGCGGAUAUGGAGACGGCAAUAAUGAAAUCAUUAGAUCUUGAACAGCAAACUACAACGAAAAAAGUUAUACCAGCAGAGGCAUUCGCUUUGGCUUUAAAACGAUUUAUGCUACGAUUCUUAACUUUAGAAAAUCAAAAAGAGAAGGAACCAUUAUAUGUUUAUUUGCAAGAUAGUUCAUUAAAUUUUUGGCCCUCAACAGUUCCAGAGGAACUUAUCGAUGAAUUGUUUCCAGAAAAUUUAUUGCUGGCUAAUACGUAUGAUGCCUAUACGUUUACAAUAAACAAGAUUGAGCAAACGAUGAAAAAACAGGCUAAUUUUACUAGAAAUAUAGUUAAUAAUCAAACCAUCAA